AUGAGGGGGAAAAAACACUAUGCUCGCCGCCUAGGGCAGGUAAUGCUGUCAGGGAAGUCACCUAUGGACCCAUUUCCACGGAUCGAGAUAUGUGAGUCGGAUGGUGGACGAGUAGGCACUCUGCAUGAUGAUCCUCUUGUGGUCGAGUUCAAAAUCUCCAAUAUGAGAGUGAAGCGCAUCCUAAUAGACACUGGGAGCUCGUCUGACAUAAUGAGCGUGGAAUUCCUCAACCGCCUAGCACAUGACCCCAAAACCAUAGAGAGCAUACACUAUCCCAUCAUUGGUUUUGGAGGAAGCAUUAUACACCCCGUAGGCGUCAUCACCUUGCUGGUUCGGAUUGGGGAUAGAAAAGAUGGACGGAAGAUGGAAGUGAACUUCUUAAUUGUCAAGGACUUGACAGCAUACAAUGUCAUCUUGGGACGACCCACCCUGAACAAAAUUAAAGUAGUAGUCGUCACCCAUCUUAUGCUUUUGAAGUUUGUAUGUGAUGAUGGGGUGAUAGGGACUAUACAUGGAGACCAACAGCAAGCAAGAGACUGUUAUCUCACAACCCUCAACCCGUCAGCAUGGAAGAAUAUUUGGCCGAAGCCAGAAGCAAGAGAAAGCAUGAGGAAGAAUUGCCUGUUAGGUCAUGAUACAUAUGAAUAA